CUUCAGCAGGAGGCUCCACCUCAGCCUUCAGAGGCCCCUGAGGAACUAGAAUCUCCAAGUCCUCAAGAGGCCCUCGCCCGGCCUUUAGAGACACUUAAGGAGCUUGUAGUUCGAUCAGUAGCACAUCAUGGGGUAAAUGAAGCUCAGCAGUCAAACUUGUACAAUUUCACUAUUAAACCUAUGGAUCUGGCACUUACCAUAACUCCACAGGUCACUAAAUAGGUUGAUCCUUCUCCAGUCGAGCAGGAGACCCCAUCUCAGCCUCCAGAGAGUGAACCUACUCUACUCCAUCAAGACGCCCCAACUCAGGCUCCAGGUCUCCCUACUGAGUAUGUACGUGAAAUUCCAGUGAGUGAAGAGGUGGUAUCUCUACCUGGCGUUCAGCGUCACGCUCAUUCCAACUUGCCCAGUGUUACACUUCAACCUCUGGAUUUGGAACUUACCAUCACUCCAGAGCCCACUACGGAAGCUGAAUUUCCUACAGCUCAGCAGGAGGCCCUGACUCCACCUCUUCAGCAUCCUGAAGGGACAGAAUCUUCUCCAACCCAGCAAGAGACCUCAGCUAAGCCUCCAGAGCCUCCUGGCGAGGUUGAGCCUUCAAGGGAGCAGGAGCAACCAGCUCA